AUGUCAAUGUCAGACAGUUCUGUCGAAAGCUCUGACCUAAAGUGGCAUAUUGUCCAGGCCUUGUUGGUGGCAAGCGCGCUUGUAACGCUGAUGCUGGGGUUCGUGUUCCUGCAGGGUUCGUCGCCAGUCUGCUGCCAAGCCAGGGGCGGGUACCGCAUCUCCAAGAGGGUGUGGGCAACUUUGCUACUGCCCAACACGGUGAUGCAUGGUUGCGGAGGUGCGCUGAUUGUGGCCGCGCCUCAGUACAUUGUGAACUCUGGCAUCGGGAACGCAGGCGGCGCGGGCAUCGUGGCAAGCGGCUUUGGUUUAGGGUUGGUCUCGGCUAACGUGGCAGCCUUUCAGCUGGGGAAAUUUUGGUCUCCCUGGUCAAUGUUUGUGCUGAGUGCUGCGUUGGGCCUUGCUGGUGUGGUAAGUGGAGCGCUCCUUACAGAGCAGGGUAAGCCCUUCGCGGGCCUGGUGUCAGCCACGUUCUUCGUGGGCUUCGCGCAAUCCAUGCAUGUUGUGGCGCGCACCUUCUACCAAGCCGAGGUGGUAAAGGAGCAGUUGGCAGGCCGCGCGGAAACAGCGGAGGCAACGUCAAUGCUGAAGGAAACUGGAGGGACUCAAGAGGGGCAGGCUUUCAUGUCCGGCUGGGUCAGUGCAUCCAACAUUUUGGGCAUCGCCGGCGCAGCCUUUGCUACUGCUGUUGUUGAUUGCACGAGUGCCAAGAACUUGGGCUUCCUCUGUACCACCGGAAUUUUGCUCUACAUCUUCCUUAUCAUCCUCCUUUUUGCCGCUGGCUCUCCCUCCAACCCAAAGACGGAGCCCACCAUCCUGCAAGAUGUGGGGAGAGAAAAGGUCCCCACGGAAGAGGGCCAGGAAGGCGAGCUGCAUGAGGGGCCCGUUGUCUUCACUUCGCAGUUUUGGAAGGUUUGCUUCCUCAUCUUCAGCAUGGCCAUUGUGCGGGAGUCCCAGAAGUUUCUGAUACCGCUGAUUGGCGCAGAGAGCGGGCUUCAUACCAACCUCGUCGGCCACGUGGCUUUCAUGUCACAGAUGGAGUCGUUGGUCGCAGCGCCGGUGGGGGGCUUCUUGAUGGAGUGUCUGGGCAUUUUGCCCGUGGUGCUGGUUUCACUGCUGGUGGCAGCUUCUGGAAUCCAGCUUCACUGCAUGCAGGGAGUUGGGUUUUACGUCCACGGAGCCAGUCUCCUUGGAAUAGGCUGCGGCCUCUGUGCUGGCGCAGCCAUCGCCCUGUCCAUUGUCCAUGCUCCCGAAUGCCCAAGUCGCAAGAGAUCCUUCAUGAACGGCAGCCGUUUUUUCAACUCUCUGGCGGAUGUGUUCCUUCCGCUGAUUGUGGGCAGUAGCCUGGCCUCUUUGGGCAUCUGGUUCGUGGGCAGUAGCCUAGCCCUGUGCACGCUGUGCUCGGUUGCUGCGGCUCUGCUCUUUUUCGAAUUGGCCGAUUCAACGCCACAGCCUGAUGUGCGGGUGCCCACCAUGGAUUGA